AGCCCUCUGAAGCCGACGCAUCUCAUCUCGACAAUUCGAGGGAAACGACGGGAAUCGAUGAUUCCACCGAUACCAUCUCAAGUUGGGAAGACGUUCUCUACAUGAAUGAUCCUGCGCUGACUGAGGCACUACAUGAUUUCGAUCAAGCAUUACUAUCUUAUGCGCCUCAAUCUCAGGCAGAAUCGGAAGAACCGUCAGGAAACCCAGUCUUGUGGCCAGCGACUCUCGAUGGCUUCCCUAUACUACAGCAGACAUGGCUCUGGGAUAUCGACAACGAUCUUGCUUUUGGCAUAGAUCCUACACAUUCUCCUCCGCCAUCGGCUUGAACGAGACCUCGACGGGCUCAUUCCCGAUUCCACGCCUCCGGGCCUCUUCCAGAAUCGCGACCGUUGCUGUCGCACCAAUGCGAGUCGCCCCCAGGCUCAUGACAUGCAGCAGAUCAUCCAGCGUUCUCACUCCGCCCGCCGCCUUGAUCUGCACCUUUUCCCCAGAUUUCUCCCUCAUGAGCUUAAGCGCCUUGACCGUCGCGCCCUUGUAGUUAUACGCGCCAUCCUUCUGCUUGACAAACCCGUACCCUGUGGAGGUCUUGACGAAAGCCACAUUGAGCUGCGUGCAGAUCUCACACAGCCGGGCGAUAUGCUCCGACUGCAAGUAAUCGUUUUCGAAGAUGACUUUCAAGAUUGCACCGUGGGCAGUGACGGCCUCGUUGAUCUGGCGUAUCUCGUCCGUGACGUACUCCCAGUCCCCGCCGAGGAUCUUGCCCACGUUCACGACCAUGUCGAUCUCCGCGCCGCCCGCUUUGGCUGCCGCGGUGGCUUCGAGGACCUUGAUUUCGGUGGUGCUGUUCCCGUGCGGGAAGCCGAUGACGGGGCAGAUCAGAACGUCGGAUCCGGCGAGUACUUGCUUUGCGAGGGGGAUGGCGUAGGGCUUGACGCAGGCGGUGGCGACGUGGUUGUCUCGGGCGAUCUUGAGGCCCGCCUGGAGGUCAGCGUCUGUCAUGGUGGGGUGCAGGAGGGAGUGGUCGAUCAUUUUCGCCAGCUGAGGCAGGGUCACGGUGAUGGUGCUAGACAUCUUGAGUUGCUUUCACUAGGUGUUCUGUAUGGGGCUGCUGUGGUUGG